GUGAUGAAUAUUUUUUAAGUGGUAGCGAAAAUCCAAAUGACGCUGUAGAAGAGCGUCAUGUCGCCAUUCUUGAAAACACAAUUGAAGACAGCUUUAAUUGUGAAAUUCAUGACGAAAUUCUGAAAGCAAGAACAUUCCUUGAAAAAAAUAGGAAAUGGCAUUUAGAUGUAAGAAUAUCUUAUAAAAAUCUGCGUGCACUUUUGAAAAUUUUAAAUGAAAGUGGAUUAGAUGUUCCGUUAAGUCCGUCUACUUUGAUGCAAGUAAACUUGGAAAAAAUAUCAACAAAAGAUGUAUCUCCUGGUGAUUUAAUAUAUUUUGAUUUACAAAACCAAAUACAAAAAAUUGAAGGAAUUUCGAGUUUACUUCAAAUCAUAGUGUACAUAAAUAUUGACGGAUUACCUCUAUUCAAAUCUUCACAAAAGCAAUUAUGGCCAAUUUUAGUGAAAGUGGUUAGCUGUAAUAAAUCUGUUGUAUUUCCUGUUGCAAUCUACGAAGGAAAAACUAAACCUGAUGAUAUUUGUGUUAAUUUUGAGAGUUUUGUUGCAGAAUUGGAAAUUUUAUUAAAUAAUGGAGUUGCCACCAAUGGCAAAUUUAUUCCACUGAAUGUACGAGAUGUGAUAUGUGAUGCACCAGCAAAAUCUUUUGUUUGUGGUAUUGCUCAUCAUUCAUCAGCUCAUGGCUGCUCCAAAUGUACACAAAUAGCCAAAAAACAAAAAAAAAUUAGAGUAUUCCACUCAAGUUGGGAAUUUAAUUACAAAUGCUGAUUUUGCUGCAAGAAAAUAUAAAGAUCAUCAUUUGAAUAAAUUUAUUUCUUCAAAAUCACCUUUGGAAAAAAUAAAUUUAAAUAUGAUCAGUAAAGUGCCAUUGGAUCCAAUACAUUUCAUUGACAUGGGUGUUACCAAGAAAAUGUUGAUUACCUUAUUGAAAAAAAAAUCAAAGUACAAAAUGAGCAAAAGUAGCUAAGAACAAAUGUCAUCCCAAUUUAAGUUGAUAAGGAAAUAUAUUCCAAAAGAGUUUGUAAGAUUUCCAAGGAGUUUCAAAGAAAUUCACCAUUGAAAAGCAACAGACUUUCGAUAAUUUCUGCUUUACACUGGAAUCUUAUUGUUAAAAGACCACGUGCACGAAGAUUUUUAUUAUGAAUUUCUGCUUCUUCAUUGCGCGUGUAGACUUCUUUCUUGUGCAUCUAAUUAUUUACGAAAUUUGAGUACAGCCAGAGCUAUGUUACAAUUGUUUGUUGACAAUUUUGCAGUUAUAUUUGGCCGGGAGUCUGUAUCGUACAACGUCCAUGGUUUACUCCAUAUUUGCGACUGUGUUGAAGAAUUGGGUUGUCUUUACACAUUUUCAGCAUAUGAUUUUUAAAAUCAUUUGCAAUUAAUUAAAAAAAAAUGUCAGGAAGCCGACACAAAUUCUUCAACAAUUGGCAAAUAUAAAUGAAAUUUCAGAAUUUUUUUCAAUGAAAGCAAAAUAGAAAUUAAAGAAAAAAAUAAUAUAAUUACAAGUUUUAGGAUGAAAAUUUUUUAUUUAAGUUCAAAGACACAAGAUAAUGCUUGCGUUAUUUUGCCAGAUAUACCGUCUUCAAUUAAAAAAAUUUAAAAGUCAAAUGCAGGAGAAAUAAUAUUGGAAGCAGUCCGGUUUAAAGAUGUCCAUCCGUUCUUUACAGCUCCAUUCACUUCAUUAGCUCUAGGAAUAGAACUUUCGGAUUCAUUAUCUGAAGAAAUUGAAGAAUUUAAAGCAGAUGAUGUAGCAUAUAAAUUGAUGUUGCUUCCUUCUUCACAAAAUUUUCUACUAUUGCCUUUAUUAAAUAGCUGCACUUUUUAAUAGAUAACAAAAAACAAAAGGAAUAUAAAAAAAUAUAAUAUAAAAAAUAUAAUAUAAAAAAACCACAUAUUUAUAUGAAAAUGACUCAACAACAACCAAAUCAGAUAAGACAAUUUGACUUCAAAGAGAAUGAAAUAAUAUUUUAUGAUUCGCAAAUUCAUUCCGAAAACAACUAUAGCGCCAGCAGCAAUAACAACAACUAUCUCAAAACCAAUAAUAAUACCAACUUCCCCAACAGCAAUAGCAAAACUUGUGAAAGGUGCAAAUUUUUGGAGGCUAAAAUUGACGAUUUGAACACCAAAUUUGACAACAUGCUAGAUUACCUUAAAAAAAUGAUGGAAGUUCAGGCAAAGCAAAGCGCCCAAUUAAGCGUUCUUGCUAAUAAGGACGCAGAUAUGAGGAAUUUGAGCAAACUCUUCCUUAUUAAAACCAUUGAAGAAAUGGAAAGCGUCAAUAACGCCAUAAAUCAGGUGAACAUCAAUGAAUAUAUUAACGCAAUAAAACACUUAUUAAAGGGGGAUCCUGAAAAGCACUUUGAGAAAAUUAUCUCCAGAUCUAUGUGCAACGAAGUCAAUGUAGGCGGCGUCCAUGGCAAGAUUUGCCUCAAAAAAUAUACUUCCUUGUAUGAUGUGAUUAUAAUAACAGGUGGAUUGUCGGCGACGUCAGAAAAGCCCGAUAAGCAACUGUCGAAAUGCCUCCACAUUGUUAAAAAAAGGCUGUAUAGAUUAACCACAGUUAAUAAACUAAAAAUCGGAAAUAACUAAUAUAACACUAUUGACUUUUUUUUAUCUAGUUUUAGUAUAAAAACAGAUUUUUUUUUUUACUGAAUAUGUGAUCAU